AUGUCGCGCUUCGGCAAAUGCUGUGGGGGGAGAGCCGCGGAGAGCGAACGGCUUCCGUCGCGCGUGCCGGCGGACAUGGCGGACGAGAUCCAGCGAAGCACCCUUCUCACGCUCAAGGAAAUUCAGGGCUUGUACGACAGGUUUCGCAAGUACGCUCCGGACGGCCGCCUGCUAUUCUCUCGGUUUUGCGACACCUUGGGAGUGUUGGGAAUGCUGGACGACACGAUGAUCGCAGAGCGGAUGUUCCGAGCUUUUGAUCAGAACAAGGACCGAGAGCUGAGCUUCACGGAGUUCGCCACCGCUUUGGGCGUCAUGAUGCGCGGAACCGACGACCAGAAGCUGAACCUUUCGUUUCGAAUUUUGAAUCCAACCUACACGGGAACGGGGGAGUGCCUUGAAGACUACCGGUGCCACUCCGUGAGCACUUCAGAUUCAGAAGAGUCCAUCCACGCAUCGCCGCCGCGGCAGGCCUUGAGUGGGCCGGCAGCUUCAGGGGGCGGGCUUCCCUACAGCCAAGAUGAGCGUGACUGUUCUGCGGAUUCGCGAAGACAACUUCCUGAGGCGGGCAAUCAGCUGCGCUCUCUAUCCAAGCCGAAGGGGAAGGACUUCCAUCCCGGAGAAAAAGGCAGGGAAGCGUCAGCACUUCGCGGGCUGACUUCCACGCAGUCUGUGCGCCUGCCGCGAGCGAUGCGCUGGUUCGAAAUCUACCGCAGCGUGAUUUACGCGGACAGUCUGGGGCUGGACGAGUUCGUAGAUCUGGUCAGGUGCCUCCAGGCUUCCCGCCGCGCCUUGUUGGGGGGGGAAGGCAUCCUGGCUUCAGACGAAGAGAUCGCAAUGACGUUUCUGCCGCUUGCUUCGGAAAUGCCCGACGGCUCGCGGCGAAUGAUGCUGAGGGACUUCAAGAAAGCCGUCCACACCAGCCCGCGUUUCCUGUGCCUUCUGGGGGUCGCUUGCAACAACGUUGCCACCCCGUCGUGCGAGUCUGAGGCGUCGGUCACGACGAAGUCGGAAAAGAAGAACAGCGUUUUCUCCGGGGAUGGCACCGCAGCUCCAUGUGUUGGAGGAAACCCGCCAGCGCCUUCAGAGGCCAGUUCUGCUUUGCGGAUAGAGCUGGUGCGCCGAGUGCGCCAGGCGGAGGCUCAGGCCGAGCGCCACCAGUGGAAGCUGCAGCAGCAGCAAAGAGAGCAGCUCCAGCAGCUGGCUGAGAGUCUUCGGGCUGUGGAGCGCGACGUCGAGGCGGUGAAGACCGCGUUGGCUGCAAAGGGCGUGCCUCCAGCGCCCGCAGAGCCCUUGGAAAUGAUUCGAGAAGGCGGACGCUCUUUGCCCUGCGGCGAUGGCGAAGCGUUUGGUCGUUUGACCAGCAGUCCUAUUCGCGGUGACCAAGAAAAAGCUUUAUUGAGUCAAGAAAAAGCUUUAGUGAGUCAAGAAAAAGCUUUAGUGAGUCAAGAAAAAGCUUUAUCCAGUCGAGGGAAUGAGGUUGCGAACAAAGCGGCAGCAAACUGUAUGCUUCCGAGGAAAACGCAAUCACAAGGACCCAGUGUCAUUCUACAACGCCUUGAGAAAUCGCCGGAGACAGCGGAUGCGACGAAGGAGGCAGCAACGGCUGCUGCUGCUGCAGCGUUUGCUGCACUGCAGCAGGCGGAGCAGCAGCUGAACCGCAUUUUGGAGGAGAGCACCGUGGCUAUUUGCCAGCCAAUGCACAUCGCAGACCAGCUUCUCGUGGACAUGAACAGCAAGGAAGCAGCAGACGCCAUGCAGCAAGAACCCACCAAAAGUGGGGGGCCUGCUUUCCAACGAGAGCCAACAGCUCGCGUGCGGCGUCCGAUCUUUUCCCUGAAAACGGCGGGAGAGCAGCGAACUUCGGAGGCGCCGGAAGACACGCGAACCAACAGCGUUGCAGCGCAGGUGCCGGAGGCGCCCAGACGACAAAGAGUUUCCUUCAUGGUCAAGUGCAAGGAAAGCAGCUCUUUUCCAGACACAAUAAGCUGCUUCCAGGAAUACCCUGACAUGCACUCUGUGAGAGUCUCCAACACCGCUCAUUUUCCCCUGAAGGACUUUGUCGUGGAUGAAGUGGACGAGCAUAAAGUCGCCAAUCCAAGUCUCGCAGCAGUCAGCGUCUUGGAUAGCCGCCGCCGGCCAGCCACUUGCACCAGACGCAUGUACAUGAAUCGGGCCAAAGUUUACCAACGCCGAACUACACAGUGGCGCCGCGCCUCAGGCGACACCAUUCAUGGGGGAGACGAAAACGACUUGGAGCCCUCGAAAGCGGGGGGCAAAGACACGAAGGGCUUUGUAGUUCACUUCGGACAUGAGUCGUGGAACAUGGUUAUCAACAUAAUGGUCGGCAUUCGUCUGGCUGGGAGCCGCGCAAUGAGUGAACCUCACCGAGCUGUCGAGCCCUACGACUUCUUGAUGAAGGAAAAGUUUUCAGUGCUACCCAAGACUGGCAUGCUGGACAGGCAGCGCCGAAAGCCACCUCUAUGCGCGGUCCGAUUCAUUGACUACGCCCCGAUGGUCUUUCGCCGCCUCCGCGCCAUAUUUGGCAUUGAUUCUCUUCUUUACAUCAGAUCUGUUGGGCCCGAGCAGCUGCUUGGCAAUUUGAUUUUAGGAAAUUUGUCGUCGCUUUCCGAAUUGGUUUCGGAGGGCAAGAGCGGUUCUCUCUUCUAUUACACCACCGACGGCAGAUUUAUGAUCAAAACUGUGUCGAAGGAAACGGCAUUUUUCAUGCGGUCUGUUCUGUUUGACUACUACAAACACGUCUCAACUUGCUCCAACACGAUGCUGACGCGGCUUUGUGGACUUCACGCGAUUCGUUUGAAAGACAAAUCUGGGCAGAUUCUGGGAGGCAAGGAGCCGUGGAGGCGCAAAACGUACUUCAUGGUGAUGGAGAACUUCUUCCACACCCCAGUUGAAAUCCACCGCCGCUACGACCUCAAGGGCUCCACACAGGGCCGGUCGCUCCCCCCAGAGCUUCGCAGUGACCCAACAGUGGCGAGAAAGGACAAUGAUAUGGCGCGAGAUGGAGAGAUGAUAGAAAUCGGACAAGAGCGAAAGAAAAUGUUUAUCGAGCAGCUGACAAUUGACGCGGCGUUCCUAAGAGACCACGGAAUCAUGGACUACUCAUUGUUGCUAGGGAUUUCCUAUGCAAGUUGUUCACAAGAUUCCAACGUCUGCCAGAACGGCUUUCUACUGAAUGACGAAGAGCUUCGCGCGUCUCACUCUACGUUGAUGAAUUCUUCCUCAUCUAUCGGUGGCGGGACUGACUUCGACAGGCCUUUCUGGAGCAGAGACCUCGGCGGCAUGCAGAGCACUGACCGCACAAAGCUGUACUACGUGGGCAUCAUCGACAUUUUGACUCACUGGACGGCUAAGAAGAAACUCGAGCAUGUUGCUCGGGUCCUCCAGUAA